CCACACACAUACAAACCGAUAUACAUGUGAAUAUACAUACAUAUAUAAUAUAUAGUGCACAAACAAACACAUACACAACUAUCGCAUAAACAAAACGUUCAAUACUAGCGAGCAAUUAAAUGUUUGUUGUUAAUUUGGAGAUUUGUUUAAAAGGAAACAUCGCAUAAUUUAGAACAUUCAGUUGUGAACGAGCUGGUGCGCAGUCAAGUGUGGCAAAAAUAGAAAUUGAAAUUUUUGGAAGAUCGUGCUAAGUGUUAUUGUAAUCACAUUAGAAAUCAUCAAAUUCGAGCUGAUAUAAAUAACAGUGUCAAGUGCAUAGAAACCUGCGAGUUUUGCGUUCGAUAAGUGCAUUUCAAAGUAUUUCCAGGAGCGUUGCGCUUCAGUUUGCCAAGCUAAGCCAUAAGCAAUAUUAAAUAAACAAAAGAAAAUAUUAUGUCCUGCAAAGUGUUCUCAUAUCUGCUAAGUGUUCUACUUAUUGCACAGAUACCGAUAAACGGCAUCAGCGCCGGCACAGAUGAUAACGAGAUCGACAAUGCGCCAGAAUACUACUUGUUACAGGGAGUGAAAGUCUAUCCCGCCGACCGCGAGUGUGCCCUCCUUGGCGGUUUGUGUGUGCACCACAGCGAUUGCUUGGAGCCGACUACGAAUCGGGGACUAUGCCCAGCCAACAAACAUCGUGGCGUGGAAUGUUGUUAUGAAUUGCCACUGAGGCCCGCACCGUGUGAGCAGCAUUUGGGCAUCUGCAUGAACACCUGUGCCGAGUACCUACAGCGACCCGGCACCGAUUGCCAAGGCGGACAAGUCUGUUGUGUCCUAGUCUAAGCCUAAAGAAGGUUCUCACAUCUAUCGAACGUGUGCGCAUAUUAUUAAUAAUACGAAUAUAACUAAAAUAUUUUGUUUAAAUUUAUACGCUAUAUGUAAUAUACUCAUGUACUCCAGUGAGUAUAUCGAAUUAAACUAAACUAAGCUUUAACAAAGAUCGUUCGAGCCAAUCGUUCUGUGCAGAGAAAAUAAGGAGGAUGCAUCAUAUGCAACUCAUUCGCUCGUUCGAGUAAUUACUGAAUGUAUUGUAAUGUACUUUUCCUAUAUAUUACUUUUUAUGAUGAGUUUUUAGUUUUCUUGGUUUAAUUUUAAGUUAAUUAAUGGCAAUUGCUUAUCGCCCACUUGUUUCGCAACUUCAUGCCCAUGUGGGUUGACUUGUAUUUAUGACACACUAAAUAUACCUAUAUAUA